AUGUUAUUUCGAUCGUUGAUUUUUUGGCUAGCCGUAUGCUAUAGCGAGGCGUUUAGGAUCUUUCCUAAGCAGGUCUCGCAUGGACAGAAACAAGUCCAAGGGUCUUAUCGAUUUAUGGUUGAUAGCAGAGUUUGCGAGACAACACCCGGAGUGAAGAGUUAUUCUGGGUAUAUUGACACCGGAAAUAAUCAGUCGAUGUUCUUCUGGUUUUUUGAGGCACGAAAUAACCCGAAAAGCGCCCCGUUGGGCUUGUGGUUAAAUGGAGGUCCUGGUUGCAGUAGCUUAUUUGGGGCAUUGCAAGAAAACGGUCCUUGUCGUAUCAAUUCUGAUUCCACGGCGUCCAGUCUGAAUCCGUAUUCCUGGAACACAUACGCUAAUAUGCUGUACAUCGACCAGCCCAUCAGCACUGGGUUUUCGUAUGGCAGUCGGAACGUAUUUAGUUCAGAUCAAGCAGCAGCCCGAGUCUGGCAGUUUUUCCAGACUUUCUUUUCCAUACCUACGUUCUCCCAAUACGCGACUCGUGAUAUGACUUUUUGGUCCGAAAGCUUUGGGGGACAUUACGGUCCAAAGUUCACCGAAUAUUUUCGGGCGCAAAACGCGUUGAUUAAAGCCAAGAAACUGAAGGCUUAUCCUAUCCAAGUAACCUCCCUAGGAAUUAACAACGGCUGGUUUGAUCCCUAUGUUCAGUACCAAUCCUAUUACGAUUAUGCACAAAAAAAGUUCAACCACGUGCUUGAUCUGGCAAAACCAGCGACCCUAGCCGUUGUUAACACUGCCCUUAAUCACAAGAAUGGUUGUCUCGCUCAGCUAAAGAGUUGCGCCAAUAACGGCAGCAACGACGUUUGUCAAGAAGCCGAUAAUUUUUGUGCCCAAUACGUCUCCGCUCCAUUACUUGGGAACAGAAGUACUUACUACUUUCCUAACAACAAAAACGUCACCUUCCCUUCCCUAUCGUUCCUAAAAUAUUUGGAUCGCAGCGACGUCCGGCGUGCGAUUGGGGCUGAAUCCAAGUUUAUGGCUUGCCAAGACGACGUCGGUGACGAUUUCUGGACAACUGCCGACGCUGUCAGGCCUACCAUAGCUUCCCUGGGCAGGUUACUUGAUUCAGGCCUUCGUACGGUCAUUUGGGCUGGAGACAAAGACUUCAUUUGCAACUCUUUGGGAGUCUAUCGUUCUCUCUUAGCUACGAAAUGGAAAUACUCUAAACAGUUUGCUAAGGCUCCAUGGAAGAACCUUUCUGUCCACGGGAAAGUGGGAGCGGUCUACAAAACUGCAGGUCCCUUGACGUACAUCAAGGUGUACAAUGCAGGACAUGAAGUGCCAGCCUUUCAACCGGAUAUAUCCUUAGAGAUAUUCAAACAAACAAUUUUCCAUCAGAAUAUUCACAACAAUAAUUGA